GCGACCCCCGCACCGUGCAGCCGGGACCCCCGAGCCUGCCCGGACCCCUGCCCCAGCCAGCAUGGACACACUGCCGGCCAGGAUCAUGCACUCGCUGCCCUGCCUCAUCAUCAGUGGUUUGGCUGUUCUGUGUCUCCUGCAAGGAGUGCCGGUGCGCAGCGGGGAUGCCGGCUUCUCCAAAGCCAUGGACAACGUCACGGUUCGGCAGGGGGACAGCGCCAUCCUCAGAUGCACAGUGGACAGCAGAGUGACGCGGGUGGCUUGGCUGAACCGCAGCACCAUAUUGUACACCGGCAACGACAAGUGGUCAAUAGACCCUCGCGUGGUGCUUCUGGCCAACACACAGAGCCAGUUCAGCAUCGAGAUCCAGAACGUGGACAGUUACGACGAGGGAGCUUAUACCUGCUCUGUGCAGACGGACAAUCAGCCGAAAACAUCCCGCGUACAUCUCAUCGUACAAGUUCCCCCUCGGAUCACAGAGAUCUCCUCAAACAUUGCAGUAAAUGAGGGAAGCAACGUGAGCUUGGUCUGUAUGGCCACCGGAAAGCCGGAUCCUGUAAUAAGUUGGAGGCAUCUGUCUCCAAGAGCGCACAACUCCAUGAGCGAGGACGAGUAUCUGCAAAUCAUCGGUAUCACCAAGGAACAGUCGGGGGUGUAUGAAUGCAGCGCAAGUAAUGACGUGGCUGCACCAGACGUCCGCAGAGUCAAAGUAACCGUCAACUAUCCCCCGUAUAUCUUCGAUACGCUGAAUAUCGGAGCCCCCCUGGGGCAUCAGGGUGUAUUGAGAUGUGAGGCCUCGGCAGUCCCCUCAGCUGAGUUCAAGUGGUUCAAGGAAGAUAAGAGGCUGAGCGAUUCACGGCGCGGGGUGAAGGUGGAAAACAGCGAGAGCUUUUCUCGGGUUACGUUCUUUAAUGUUUCCGAACAAGACUACGGGAACUACACGUGUGUAGCAACAAAUAAAUUGGGCCAAACCAACGCCAGCAUCAUCCUAUUCGAAAUAUUCCAGUCCACCCGGUCACCCUUAAUGCAAGAAGAGAUCACAGCUGCCUUGACCCCCUUUAAAGGCCCUGGAGCCGUUCACGACGGAAACAGCAGUUCACCCCCGUGCCCCGUCUGCGCGCCGCUGUCUCUUCUCUUCUUCCUGCUUCCUCUCUCUCUUCUCUUCCCUCCUGCCCAGUUUUGACCGUUGCGAAGUAGCAUCAAGGAUUCCUCGGGGGAGGGAACAAGGAAGUAAAAAAAACAACAACAACAAAUUUAAAAUAAAACAAUGUAAUAAAUAAGAAGAAAAGAAUUUAUAAAAUCUGAUGUCUUGAAA